CCUCCUCCUCCUCCUCCUCUCCAGGCUCCAGCAUCAGGAGGAUCCAGUAAGGAUUCAUCAGCGGCUCAUAAGGAUGACGGUCUCUUUAAAGCUCCUCCCCCUCCCCCUAAAGUCACUAAAUGUGUGACCCUCCCCACGGAUCUGUACCAGGACACCGUCACUGCACUCAAGUGCCGCAAAGAGCACAAAGAGCUUUACACCGUGGUGCAGCACGUGAAGCACUUCAACGACGUGGUGGAGUUCGGGGAAAAUCAGGAGUUCACAGACGACUUCGAGUACCUGGCGACGGGUCUGAAGAGCGGACAGCCGCUCAACACGCGCUGCCUCAGUGUGAUCAGCCUGGCGACGCGCUGUGCGAUGCCCAGCUUCAGGAUGCACCUGAGGGCCAGAGGGAAGGUGGCUCAGGUCUUCAAAACGCUCAACGACGCCCCCCAACACUCGAACCUGGCUCUGUGCACGGCCACGCUGAUGUACAUCCUGAGUCGGGACCGUCUGAACAUGGACCUGGAUCGAUCCUGUCUGGACCUGAUGAUCCGGCUGCUGGAGAUGGACCACGACCAGGUGCCCGGCGCCGUGUCCGACCCCGACGCCCAGUUCAGCGCCAGAGAGAUCGCCAAGAUAAAGGAGAAGAUCCGGAAGCUGUGCGACACCGUGCACAACAAACACCUGGACCUGCAGAACAUCACGACGGGUCACUUGGCGAUGGAGACGUUACUCUCUCUGACGUCCAAGCGAGCGGGGGACUGGUUCAAAGAGGAGCUCCGGCUGCUGGGAGGACUGGACCACAUCGUGGAUAAAGUGGGGGACUGUGUGGAGAACCUGAACCAGGAGGAUGAGAAGGAGAAGAUGGUGUCGUCUCUGUGGGGAGCCGAGCGCUGCUUACGGGUGUUAGAGAGCCUGACGGACCACAACCCAGAGAACCAGAGCUACCUGAUCGCCUACAAAGACUCAUCACUCAUCAUCUCCUCUGCAAAGUUGCUGCGGAGGUGUGAGGCGAUGGUCCAGCGCUACAGCAGAGAGCUGAACUCAGACGGAGCCGUGGGGAAAGCUGUGGAGGAUUGCAUGAGAGCCAUCAUCGGAGUACUGGUCAACCUCACACAGGACAACGGUGAGGACACACACACACACACACACACACACACACACACACACACACACACACACACACACACACACACACACACACACACACACACACACACACACACAAGGUCAUACUGUUGGUGCUCAGAGUUACUAACACUGCAACAAAUCUGCUUAAGAACAUUUCCCAAGCUUAGCAAAGACGUGACAGCCAGUAAAUAGAUAAACAUUAGCAAAUAAGAAUCACACU